AUGACUUAUAACUCGUAUAAGAUGUAUUACUUAAUCCGAUAUUCCGAUGCCAUUUGGAGUUGCAUGGACUUGACGUCGAUCGUUUUCUUGUCGUACGGCUGGUACCAGACGGAUAUACUUCGGUCGGGAAGGGCUUGGUGCAUACGUUUCACAAACUUUUUGGCCAUGUUAUGGGGUGGUUUAUGUGGUUUUUGGAUAAUAUCGCCGUUAUUGAUAAACGACUACUUGCUCGGGGGCGAUAAACAGUAUGAGGACGGCGCGUUGUAUCAUUCAAACGUGUUCAAUAUUUUGUUCCCGGUAUCUAUUGAAUUUUACAACAACAAUUUCAUCCAGUUCUACGUCAUGGAAUGUACCUUAAUGCUGUACAACUUAUACGCUUUGAUUUUGUUCGACAUUUUCAUUGUUCCAUUAUUCAUGACGAUCUUCAUUCAAUUGAAAACCAUCAAUAUGGCGUACAAAUCAAUUGGUUAUCAUUCCUCGUCUAUGGACUAUGAAGGUAAUAGAAAAACAGUUACUGAUAACGAAUCAAAUCCAGUUAAAAGCUUACAGCUUAUUAUUCAAGACCAUCAGAGAGUUAUCCAAAAGAUGAGGGAACUGUAUAAAAUAUUUAGACCCAUGAUUCUUAUUAGAAUAGUGGUUGAAUCCAGUGUACUAGUGUUCCAGUCAUUCGUAAUAAUAGUGGGUCUUAUGGAAGGUCUUUCUUUUAGAUCACCACUUGUGCUAAAACUAUUUAUUGCAGUAUUAAUUUACAUUUUUCAUUUGUUUAUUGUAUGUUUCUUAUUCACUAAGAUAAAUGAACAAAAAUCUGACAUAAAUGUUGCAUUAUACAGUUCGAACUGGAUGGAAAUGAGCAUUAAAUUUAAAAAGUUGAUUUUUCUUACGAUGCAAAUGAACAGUGCGGAAAAAUUAAUUUUGAAAAUAUCGGACAAGAAAAUAGUUGAUUUGAAAAUGUUUGCUAGUGUUAUGCAUAUGUGUUAUUCGAUCAUAUCAGUGAUGGUGAAAAGUAAACAAAAGUUAGCAGAUAAAUAG